UGUAACCUGUUUCUCUACUUUCAUUUGCUCAUAUAAAGAUCCUCCUCUUGUGCUAAGCUAUAAAAUGAGUGCUGAAACAAGCACAUUAUUUCAUUCACCUCUUGAUCAAAGAUGGAUCUGCAUAUUUCAGUUUUUCUUCUCUUCAUUCUUUUCACUGCAGUACACUCUAUCAGCUGCUAUGAGUGUGUGGGUGUGAACGGUUCUUGUGCGGAUCAGAAGUUAAGAACAUGUCCUAAUGGAUCUUCCAUGUGCACAAGUUGGACAUGGAUAACACAACGUGCUGAAACUAGUGAAAAAUCGAUGACUAAAGGUUGUUCCAGUGGCUGUCAAAACACUGAGUCCAACUUCGGCAUUUCAAUGAGGACUACUUCCUGCUGCGACACGGACGAGUGUAACCUCCAAGAUGCUCCAGAUCACUCUAAUGUCCCCAAUGGAAAGAAAUGUUACUCCGUUGAUUUACAGAACCGCACAACCAUAUUGAGCUGUUCAGGAACUGAAGACCGCUGCAUUAAAAUAACAGGGACUAUGGAAGGAGAGUCAAUUUUUGGAAAAGGCUGUGUCUCUAAAUCCAUAUGUGAUGCCACAUCACCGUUUUUUAGUAUGAGCAUCUCAUGUUGUGAGGGGAACCUGUGUAACGGUGUUCAGAGUGUCUCCCAGAGCUUCCUGUUCCUCUGCUGUUCUCUGCUCUCCUACUUCCUGCUGCACUGAAUCCAGCAGCUCUUCAUCCUACAAUCAGACACACUGUACUGAAUAUAGAGCUUGUACGUUUUUCUGUACUAGAUUGUGUUCUGAUGAGAUAAACUGAAUUUAUACAGGAAAAA